UGAAAUAAAAAAACUUUAUUGCCGAUUUGUUACAGGAAUGACUGUAGAAGUGGACCUAAAACAAGAAACAAGAACUGUGUUUCAAUUAAAACAACAACUUUCCGACAUUAUUAAUUUAACUUCAGAUAGAUUAUAUAUCGGGUUUGAAACGUCGCUUUUGGAUGACAAUGAUUACUUGAUAUAGAAAGGAAUAUCUGAUUGCGAUACUGUCCAUGUGAUUACAUCCUAAUUGACUGAGAAAAUUUGUUAUAGAAAUAAAAAGUGA